GGUGUGCGGACAGGAAGGAGACAGGAGAGCAGUCUGGGGUCCCCGAUCUUCUUAGACUAUUGGAGCAGGGCACACGAGAUGGGUGGACGGCGGUGAGGAGGAGUGGGUUGCCCUCUUGCCCUAUAUAAGGAACUGGGAUUGAUGACCAGCGGGCUGUAUUAUCCGUGUCCAGCCCUCUGAUUGCUGCAGUGGUUACUUUGUAUCCACAGUGUGUACUUCAGCUUAGCUGCUUUCAUUCCAAAUCUGGGGUCUAAUUGGUUCUACAAUAGUGGGACUCAGCUGACUCUUACGCUUUGUGGUUUAUUUGGUUCCAGCAGUCCAACUGAGUCCUGGUGACUCGUUGAUUACAUAGCCCCGAGAUCUCAUUAAUUCUACAAUUCAGAGACCCUUUUGACACCAUCACCCGUUUGGGAUCCAGUUGAUUCUACAAGUUCGGAAUCUUUUUGGUUACUGCACCAUCCUAGGACUGUGGCACACAUAGAGUGCCCUGGAGGAACCCAACCAGGAAGUGUGACUGUAGCCUGCAAACCCUGGGAGAUGGUGACAUAUGAAGUGUGCUGGAAGGACCAUGGUUGAGCGGACCAGCAAAUUUUUGCUGAUUUUGGCUGUGUCUGUGUGUUUCAUGCUGAUCUUAUACCAGUAUGUUGGGCCAGUAAUGAACCUGGGAUCUCCCAGCAGGUACUACCAAGAGGACCUUGAUCUGUUCCCCACUCCUGAUCCUCACUAUGUCAGAAAAUACUUUUUCCCAAUCAGGGAUCUGGACAGGGCAUUGAAUUUUGAUAUGAAAGGGGAUGAUGUCAUAGUGUUUCUGCACAUUCAGAAGACUGGGGGCACCACUUUUGGGAGGCACCUGGUGCAGAAUGUGAGGUUGGAAGUGCCCUGUGACUGCAGACCUGGUCAGAAGAAGUGUACUUGUUAUAGACCUAACAGGAAGGAAACCUGGCUCUUCUCUCGCUUCUCCACUGGUUGGAGCUGUGGGCUUCAUGCAGACUGGACAGAGCUCACUAAUUGUGUGCCAGGGGUGCUGGAUAAAAAAGAAGCAUCUAUGAAACUUAGAAGGAAAUUUUAUUACAUCACGUUGCUCAGAGACCCUGUUUCACGAUACCUUAGUGAAUGGAGACAUGUGCAGCGAGGGGCCACCUGGAAAACCUCUCUCCAUAUGUGUGACGGGAGGACACCAACACCAGAAGAGUUGCCACCUUGCUAUGAAGGAACAGACUGGUCUGGAUGCACUCUUCAGGAGUUCAUGGAAUGUCCCUACAACUUGGCCAAUAAUCGCCAGGUCAGGAUGCUGGCAGACCUCAGCCUAGUGGGAUGCUAUAAUAUGUCCUUUAUUCCAGACAAUAAACGAGCUCAGCUCCUUUUGGACAGUGCCAAAAAGAACUUGAAGGAUAUGGCCUUUUUUGGACUCACAGAGUUUCAAAGGAAGACUCAGUAUCUUUUUGAGAGAACUUUCCACCUUAAAUUCAUCAGACCUUUCAUGCAAUAUAACAAUACAAGAGCUGGUGGAGUUGACUUGGAGAAUAGCACCAUCCAAAGGAUUGAGGAGCUUAAUGAUUUGGACAUGCAACUAUACGACUAUGCAAAGGACCUCUUUCAGCAGCGCUACCAAUUCAAAAGACAGGUUGAGAGGAUGGAGCAAAGGAAGAAAAAUCGGGAAGAGAGACUUCUCCAGCGCUCUAAUGAGGCAUAUGCUAAGGAAGAUACAGAGGACCAAAUGCGCUGGCCAACAGAAGACUACAUGAGCCAUAUAAUAGAGAAGUGGUAGAUAAGGAUGGACUUUUAUACUACUGGGGAAUCUGGGUUAACACUUGUUCUGAUUUUAUACAGUACAUGGAAGAAAUUUGACAUCACUUUUAUUUAAGCAGUCUGUAGCAUAGUCAAAGCUUCCAUGACCGUUUGUAUGUAUGUAGAAUGAGCAUAAACCAUAAACUGCAGCCUUGUGCAUCAUCAUGUCAGUCCCACAUCAUAAAGUAAAAAGCAGUGGAUAGUGGUAUGUUUAAUGGGGCAGGUUAUGUGUUAAGUUUUCAUAUUAUUAUUUAUUAGAAACAAAUUGUAAUAGGGUAACUAAGCACAAUGUUCAGAUUUUUACUGUCCUGAUUUUAUAUGAGAUUAAAUGCAUAGUUAAAGUUCCACUUGUCAGCCAUGUCACAUUGCAGAAUUAGAGCAUUUUAUAUUUUGUUUACUGGAAUGUCCCUUUAAGGUAAAUAUAGUGUUACAUUACCCUGAUUUGUCUUCUGUUACAUUGCCCUAGAUUUUUAAAAGUAUCAAGUGACGCCAGUGCUAUUUAUUUUAUUUAUUUAUUUUUUUUGAAGAGUUUGACCACACAAUUUCCAGCAGCCUCUGUGCUCACUUUAGUUUUCCAGUAACAGACUUCCCCUAAGCAUACAGCUUACUGUACAUGUGUACGUUAAAGUCAUGACAGCCCUCUAAUUUAGCACUUAGCACAGCAGCCCUGAUGGAAAGUCUGUGAUGCUUGAAAACCAGGUAGGCGAUGAACAGCAUCCGCAAGAAUAAUCACAGGUGCAUAUAUUUACAUUAAUAAAUACCAGGUUGGAUCUCAGUGGUACGCAGAAUGUUCUAUAGUAUGCAAUUAAUUAUUGUGUUAACCUUAUACAUUGUUGCAUAAAAAGUGCGUUGACGCUUACAAAACCUGAAUUCAGACACAGAAGUUACAGUUUAUAGUAAGCUGCUGAAACACAUGGUAUGAAGUGAGACCAUCUCUGACAAGCCUUAAAAAAAAAAAAUUGUAAUCUGUGUCCAGUGGGUAACGACUGGAGUGCUGAGCACCUGGAAACUUUUGUGCACACAAAUAGCUGUAAUAAAUAAGUAAAAGUACAUUUUUAGUCAUCUAAACAGUGUCGUAAAUUUGCAUCACUUUCAGUAACAUUGCCCCCUUCAUAUGUGGUUGCUAAAGACACCACUACAAGAUUGUAAGAUUCUGUUUGCCUAAUUGUAAUUACAAGAAAUUUCUGUUGUGUUGCUAUAGAAUUAACAUCUUUUUACUAUUCUUGUUUUUCAAUAGCCAAACUCCCCUACCAUUUGCCUUAUUUGGAUUUUUUUGCAGUUAUCAGUUAAAGGCAAUUAGGGAAAUAUAUGUAGCAGGGUUAUCCUUGAGAAGUCAGCAGGGUGUAUUUCAAGUUAUGAGAAUUAGAAAAUCCUCAAUUUUCAGAGCUAAAUUAUAUGAAAAGGAGGCAAACUAAAUAAUUAAAGUACAUUCCAAAGUGGUUUCCUUAGGCAUAAGUGAACUUUUUUCUUCUUUUUUAUAUAAAAAUCUCCUCAAAGUUCUGUUGCAAAAUGCUGCUAGAACACCAUUAAUAGGAGCCUGUCCGAUACAGAAUUGCUUCUUUUAAAGGGACAGGAAAAUUGAAUGCAUUUCUAUGGGCUACGUUUUUUCAUAUUAAAAACAUAAAUUCUACCUUUUUGCUGCAGUCUCUGCAGCACCCUCUGGUUUAAUCAUUUGGGUACUUCAAGCAAGUCAGAGGCAUCUCAUAAUCCUUUCUCCUGGAAGAGAGCGCAGUCCCAGUUGCUUAUUGCCUUAGGGAAGAGACAGACGGAGCUGAUGCUCACAUGUUAAGUAUGGCUUCAGUACCCCUCUUCCCUGUGGCACAAGCACCCAGGAGCGCACUACCAUUUUGUAUAGUUCCUGGGCCGGCGCUCGGACGGUACAACCUAUACGGACUUUAUCAACCCCAACCUACUUUUAAUUAAACAUAAAAAGUUCUGUUUGCACGCAGAUAUUAAGCAAAACUGCACUUCACAGAAAAAGGAAGACUUUGUAGUGCCUUUUUUACAGCUGCAAAAAAAGUAGGGAUAUGUGUAAAUUCUUAUGGUGCGACUGUAAUGCAUUGUAUAAUGUCACUACUAAUGUAUGUACAAAGUCUGUUUUAUUGCUUGUUUUAAGCCUGUUGCCAUGGAGAUAAAGGUGUUACUGUGCAUGCACACUGUAUCUAUAGCCCCUCCCCAUCACAACCACCACUGGGAUGCACUUUAACAUGGAACUGGAUUAUACAAUCUCUGAUUGGCUAUAUAAUUUAUGCCAAAAAAAAACUGCAACUGAUGGGCUGGCUGUUAUUGAAUUUUAAUAAUUUAAAUGUACCUCUUACAAACAACCUACUUUUAAAAGGCAUAUUUGGUUUAUGUAGAAUGGACGGAAGUGAUUGCAUUCCUUUCAUUACACUUUUUAAUGCUUUGGUGAUCGCAUCCAAUUAAUGCAGGAGUUGACAUAUUUACAGCCAAGAAAUUGUGAACCCAGUCACUGGAUUAUACAUACAGAUCACUAUAUGUAGAUUAAUGGAAUUUAUCAAGAGCUGCAUUUUUUUUUAUAUAUGAAUUGUACCAGUGGUUAAAUAUUCCUCAUAUCCCUUCUGCUAGAUUAGCAACAACCAUGGCGUAAUGAGUAUCUUUGUCUAUAAUUUGCCUCCUGUUAAACAUACCACUAAAUACAUUUUACAGAAUGGACUGGGGUUUUAGCUUUGUAAUUGGUGUUACAAGAAAAGCACUUAACUUUACUGGUACUUGUAAUUGUUAGAACUUUAUCAUGAAUUUCUCAAACCCUAAAUUUGAAGUUCACAGGGAUAUAUUAUUAAAUUAGUGAAAUUGAUCCUCAAGAGCUCAUAAAAGACUAAAAUAGAACUACAAAAUUGCUACAUAAUUAACAAUGCGUUUGUCACUGUAUUUAACUUGCAUUUCAUUGUAUGCAAUAAAAAAAAAAUCUGCUCAUCACAAAAAAUCUAUUUUAAUAUAUAUUAUUGAGCAGAGAUAUAUUUCAAUGAUUUUAGAUUUCACAUAUCUCUGGUCUCUUCUUGGUAAAUACAUACUCUAUUUCUUUCAGGCUUGCACUAGGGCUUGUACAAAGCCAAGUUUGAAAUUUAACCUGUAAAUAAAAUUGGUCUAUCAGUGACUCUGUCAAAGUGAAGUCAACCUCUCAAAACUGCUUUGGAAUUGAAUCAUCUGUUAAUAUGUCUCUAUAUGGAAAGCUGAAACCAUUCAGGGUAUAUUUGUGAAAUUUAUCGAUUUCUAAAGGGAAAAAAAUGAUCUUUUAAUUAUAACCAAAGUUAUUUUGAGAAUUCAACCUCUCUUUUUAAUUUUAUUCACCUGAAUGUGCAAAGUUAAUGAAAUUAUUCCGAUUGUUUCCCUGUUACAUAAUUAUAUGCACUGGAUUUAUACAUCUGCUCUAUAUGAUGGUGUACCUGGUCUCAGAUUCUUUAUGCCUAUAUUGCAGUUUUAACAAAUUGUUUUUCCCCAAUAAGCAUCUUUUCUGUCACUUUUUGUAAGCCAUUGAAAUCACUGUGAAACAUACUUUUCAUGUUGCUUUAAUAAACUAAAGAUUUAUGUCUUAUUAAAUUUGUUUGCAACAAUA